AUGGACUCCAGACUGGGGAGUACGGGCCACAAUGUUGUAAUAAAGGUGAGAAAGAUAAUCGUGGGGAGUACAGGCCCCAUCAACCGUAAACGCAGAAGAGUAUGGGCCUCUGAACCUCCUCUCUUGUUCUUUCUUUUUCCCUUUUCUGUUACCCAAGGAGUUCGAGGCCAAGUCAAGCUUUUCAACCUGAUGGACUACGGUGCAGUUGCAGAUGGUGCAACCGAAAACAGUGAGGCAUUUGUGAAGGGAUGGAAGGAAGCAUGUGAAUGGAAGGGAUUGGCAAGGGUUUUGAUCCCGCGAGGAACGUACAUGGUGAAGUCGGUGAGAUUUGAGGGUCCAUGCAAGGGGCAGAUGAGCCUUGUGAUUAAAGGGGUUCUCAAGGCUCCUACUGAUCCAACCAACUUCUCAACGGACAGUUGGAUUAAUUUUCGAUAUGCUGACCGUUUGACAGUCAGUGGCGGCGGCACCUUGGACGCCCAAGGACAGCUUGCUUGGCGCUUCAAUGACUGCAACAAGGAUUCCCAUUGUCCUGCUCUACCUACUACAAUGAGAUUUGAUUUUGUGACCAAUGCACGGAUUCAUCACUUGAGGUCCAUUGACAGUAAGAACAACCAUUUUGUGAUAUUCGGUUGUGAGAAUGUGAAUAUCAGUAAUAUCAGAAUAUCGGCCCCCGGCGACAGCCCCAACACGGACGGGAUUAAAAUUGGAAGCUCUCACCGCAUCAGAAUCUCGCGUUCUAUAAUCGGCACCGGCGAUGACUGUAUAGCCAUGCUGCCCGGAGCUACAAAGGUCCAUAUUUCUAAGGUUGUUUGUGGACCUGGGCAUGGAAUAAGCGUUGGGAGCCUCGGCAAAAACGGAGAUGGAGAUGAUGUGACCGGAGUAGUCGUCAAAAACUGCACCUUUCGCGGUACUUCUGAUGGAGUGAGAAUUAAAACAUGGGCUUCUCCAUCGGUCGGUAGGGCUUCCAAUUUCUUAUAUCAAGACAUUUUCAUGGAUCAUGUAGGCAAUCCCAUCAUUAUUGAUCAAGAAUAUUGCCCCUACCCCCCUUGCAGUCAACAGGCCUCUCUUCUGCAAAUCAGCAACGUCACGUACAGAAAUAUCUGGGGAAUUUCCGGUUCGAAAGUUGCAGUUACACUCCGAUGUAGCGAAAGCAGGCCAUGCAAAAACGUAGUGGUGGAGAACAUCGACUUGGCUUACGGUGGCCCUGACGGACCUGCUACAGCGUUGUGCUCUCAUGUCAAUGGCGUCUCUCUUGGCCAUCAAAGCCCUCCCCCUUGCAUAUAG